AUGACAGUUGUAAGUUUACUUCUAGAUCCUAAAUAUGGAACAGAUAUGAAAGACAAGCAUAUUGUUAUGAGGAUGCAAAACUUCAAAGGUGUAGAUAAUAGUGAUGACAUUAUUAUUGACUAUGACAAAUAUGAGAGAUUAGCCAUCAGUGAAUCAAGUGAAUCAAGUGAUUCCAAUGAUGCCAGCGAUUCUGAGAAAUAUAGCAAUCAAUGUGAAAAUGAAUCAACACCUGGUUUUAUGAAUUUGAAUGUCAUUGAAGAAAUUUAUGUUAAUGAUAUUCACUCUGAAUAUUAUUAA